UAAUCUGCUGCAAAAGCAAGGUGGCGCCGGUAGAAGAGGCCAUUUUGAUUUACUGUCGAUUGACAGUAUAGUGGUGAAAGAAGAAUAAUUAAUUUUAUUCUUCUAAGAUUUGAGACAGACGGGAAAAUUAAGUUUUCAUGAAUGAAUAGGUCAUCGUAUAAUAUGGCCCGGUACGGCCAGCGUCCGGAAAAUGCCCUUAAGCGGGCAAAUGAGUUCAUGGAUUUGGACAAGCCUGCAAGGGCACUGGACACCUUGCAAGAGGUGUUCCGGAACAAGAAAUGGGCAUACAACUGGUCGGAGUCCGUCUUGGAGCCGAUUAUGUUUAAAUACCUUGAAUUGUGCGUGGAUUUGCGCAAGUCCCAUAUUGCGAAGGAAGGAUUGUUUCAAUAUAGGAACAUGUUUCAAUCUGUGAAUGUUGGAUCUUUGGAACAAGUAAUAAGAGGAUAUCUACGAAUGGCAGAAGAGCGUACAGAGGCGGCACGAGAACAAUCUACUCAAGCCGUUAUUGAGACAGAUGACCUUGACAAUCUCGCUACACCAGAAAGCAUUUUGCUCAGUGCAGUGUCAGGAGAAGAUGCACAAGAUCGAUCUGAUAGGACCAUACUUACACCAUGGGUUAAAUUCCUGUGGGAGUCCUACUGCCAGUGCCUGGAGCUGCUUCGUACGAACACUCAUGUAGAGACUUUGUACCAUGACAUUGCACGCAUGGCAUUCCAAUUUUGCCUAAAAUACUCUCGUAAGACAGAGUUUAGGAAGCUUUGUGAUAAGCUGCGGAAACAUCUGGAAGAUAUUUGGAAAUCUAAUGCUCAGCCAGGUAGUGUCAGUAUGACAAAACCAGAAACCCAGCAGCUGAACUUGGAAACCAGGCUGUUUCAACUGGAUAGCGCAAUCCAAAUGGAAUUAUGGCAGGAAGCCUACAAAGCCAUAGAGGACAUACACAACCUAAUGAACAUGUCCAAGAAGACUCCCGUAGCUAAAACAAUGGCUAAUUAUUACGGCAAGUUGGCACUUGUCUUUUGGAAGGCUGGUCACUGCCUCUUCCAUGCUGCUGCUUUGUUAAAACUCUUCCAGCUGUCUAGGGAGAUGAAGAAGAAUAUUACUCAAGAGGAAUUGCAAAAAAUGGCAUGCCGAGUCUUAGUGGCUGUACUCUCAGUGCCUCUACCAUCACUGCAUCCAGAAUUUGACCGUUUUGUCGAGACUGAUAAGAGUCCUGUUGAGAAAGCUCAGAGAUUGGCUGUGCUUCUUGGUCUUGCUCAACCACCUACUAGAGCUAACUUGUUGAAAGAUGUUGUACGUCUGAAUGUGGUGGCGCUGGCGUCACCUCAGCUGCAACAGCUUUACAACUGGCUUGAGGUUGAAUUUGAUCCAUUAACAAUCUGCCACAAUGUGCACACUGUCAUCAAGUCUCUACAGGAAGAUCCUAAUUCUUCCCUCGCUCAAUACACGACGGCGCUAACGGACGUAGCUCUCGUUCGCCUGAUCCGUCAAGUUGCGCAAUGUUAUGCUUGUAUUCAGUUCUCUCGUCUGCUGGAGCUGGCCGGCACUGAUGACUUGUUCCACAUCGAACGUCUCCUGGUCGACUGCGUGAGGCACAACGACAUGCAGAUACGAGUUGACCACGCCAACAAGAGUGUUCACUUCGGUGUUGAGGCCGGUGGUGGCGAGUGGUGCUCCGCGGCCGACGAGGCUUGCGGUGGCGCCAUACUCCAGGCGACUCCCGCCGAACAGGUGCGCGAGCAGCUGGUGCGCGCGGCGGAGGUGCUGUCGCGCGCGGCGCAGGAGCUGCUGCCGGCGCGGCGCCGCGCCGAGCGGGAGCGCGCGCGCCUCACCAUGGUGCAGCACUACCACGAGAACAAGCACGCCGAGCACCACCGCGUGCUGCAGCGACACAAAAUCAUCGAGGAGCGCAAGGAGUACAUCGAGCGUCUCAACACCGUGCGCGAGGAGGAGGAGCUCCGUCGUCAAGAGGAGCAACUACGGGCGGCAGCCGCGGCCGAGGCGCGCCGGUUGGAGCAGGAGCGUGAGGAGCGCGAGAAGAAGCGUCACGCUUCCGAGAUGGCCGCCAUGCGCGAGAGGAACUUGCGUGAGCGACUCGCGCACAUCUCACAGACCAUGCACGGGAAGAAGGUGCUGCAGAAGUUGGACGAAGAGGAUUUGAAAAAAAUGGAUGCAGAAGCAAUUGCCCAACGCGAAGCUGAAGAAUUGAUGAAGGAACGACGCGAAUUACAAGCUCGUCUCAAGUCUCAGGAGAAAAAGGUGGACUAUUUCGAGCGCGCUAAGCGGAUUGAAGAGAUUCCACUUCUCCAGAAGAGCUUGGAAGAGAAACAAGUUCAAGACAAGGCAUUCUGGGAGCAGCAGGAGAAAGAACGCAUCGAACAGCUCAUCGAGACGCGCGCGCGCGACGUGGCGACGGCCGGGCGGCUGGCGCGCAUGGCGGUGCACCGCGACCAGUUCAUGGCCCGCCUGCGCUCCGAGCGCGGCGCCAUGCACACGCAGCGCCUCGCCGCCUUCCAGGCCAAGCUCGCCGCCGAGCGGGAGGCGCGCCUCGCGCAGCGCCAGCAGCAGCGCGUCGAGACCAGGCGCCAGGAGUGGCUAGCAGAAAAGCGUCGCAUGGAAGAACGUGCGGCCGAGGAGGCUCGGCGCAUCGCGGAGGAGCAGGAGAAGAAGGAAAAAGAGGAGCGGGAGCGCAAACACCAGGAAGAGCUUGCCGCGCUUAAAGAGAGAAAGGAGAGGGAACACCAAGAAAUGCUCGCCCGCGUUGAAGCGAAAGCACGCGCAGCCGACGCGGAGAUCGCUCGUAAGUUGGACACACAGAAACCCGCCUCUACCGGCAGCUGGAGGCAGGGGAAGGAUGUCGACAGGAAGGAGCCCGAAAAGAAGGAGCCUUGGAGAUCAAGCCGCAUCCGCGAGCCGGUGCGCGACGAGCGGCCGCGGUCUCCGGGGCGCGCUCCGCCGCGGGAUGACAGACGAGAUGACAAACCUCGUGAUGAACGCGGUCCACGAGAAGAACGUAGCCUCAGAGAGGAAAGGCCCCUAGAAGACAGGUCCAGAGAGGAUAGACAAAGAGAUGACAGGCCGAGAGAUGACAGACCCAGGGAUGAAGGCGGAUGGAGAUCUGCUAACCGCGAGCCCGAUAGAGAUCGGGAGAAAGAGAGGCCGCGCUACGUGGGUCGCACCAGCGGGCCAGACACCGGCACCAGUUGGAGGCGAGGCCCGGCGGAACCGCCACCGGCGCCUACUGAGCGUUCGUCAGCAUGGCGUUCCAAGGACGGACCACCUCGCGACGAUCGGCGGGGCGAAGCACGUCGUGAUGACCGCCGCGACGAUCGAUUCCGCGAUCCACCUCGGGACCGUGAGCGCACCGACCGGGACGGAUUCCGGGACCGAGAUCGCUUCCCGCCAAGAAGGGAUGAUCGUGACGGCCCUCGUCGCGACGACCGUGAUGGCCCGAGGCGUGAUGAUCGCGAUGGUCCACGUCGUGACGAUCGUGAUGACCGCGAUGGCCCGAGGCGUGAUGAUCGCGAACGUCGCCCGCCGCCUCGUCGGGAAGACAAGCCUCGUGACCCAGAUGAGUGGCAGCAGGCUACGAAACGCUGAGAGAUCGACUACCAUACUUGUAAAGGGUUCAGCGGAUUUUCAACAUUUAACUAUUCCUCAUACCUUAAAAUUAGUUAGAAAUUUAAAUGUUUUAAACUACUUUCCUAUGUAGCUAUAGGCUUUUUAAGCUAUGUUUUCUUUAUACCAUUUGUAAAGCUAUACUGCAUUUUCUUAAUACUAACAUUCAAUAUAAUUAUUCAGUCUUAAAAGCGAUUAUUAUCAGUUUUGUCAUAAAUAUUACGAGACAAUAAAAACUUAAUAAAAAUAUGGCUCUUAUUUUUAUCUAGCUGUUCUAAAAACUAAAUUGAUAUAAUCAUCAUUGUUCUUACGUUGAAAAUUUUAACUUUAAGUAAAACGGAACACAAUUCUCGUAUAAAGUAUUUAUUAUUUUUGGAAUUAUUAUCCACGUCGCUUCCCGCUGGACCCUAUUCUUGUCAUUUGUACGCCAUUAUUAUUUAGUCAUGUGCAUUAUUCUACACUUCGAAGGUCUACAUGUAAUCUUACGAUACAAAAGUAUUUACAAUAUAAACGGUUCAUUUUAAAUGUAUUCUCUUUUAUUUCUCUUUGGUUGAGGACAAUUAAAUUUUAAAUCAC